GAAAAGGGAAGACAAACGUGUACGCGUGCGAGAAUUCUAAACAGUCAACUCAAGGAAGAAUCAUGUCUCCGUUCUGGGUACUUGUGCUUCUACCAACGCUUGCUUUUGGGGAUGCCUUAAGCGAUGCAAAAUCCAUGCAUUCAACGCUUGAUAGGAACGUGGACAAGUUGUUGACAAAAGAGGAAAUGCUGUACUUGGUGAAGUAUUACGAUGACAAUAAAGACAACAAACUUUCCAUGGCCGAGCUAACCAAGUUGACUUUGAAACACGUCCCAAAACUAACAACACAAACUUUGGCUUGGGGAAAAUUCGUGGACACCAACAAGGACGGCGCUAUCAGCACUGCAGAGUUUGACGCGGUUUUCAAAGCUAUGGAUAGCAACGGGAAUGGGAAAGUUGAUUCAGCUGAGUAUAAUGCGUACGUGGGAAAGAUUGCAUCGGUAAUUUGAGUCAAACUUGACAAAUCAUCACUGUGCUAACCCAGUACGUAUACCUAAUCGUCUUUUAAGUGAAAUUAAAGGCAUUAAACUCA